AGUAAUGUUGGGAUCAUGUAUUUUAUCCACCCAAAAUCAAUAUUCAUGGUACUACCCAGUGAUUCAUAUUCUAGAAACAGAAACUGUUUUGAUGAAGUCACUUUCCACUACAAGGAUGCAGUAUUUGAACACAGCCAUAUAACCAUCAAUGUCAAUAAUCAAAAUGGGAUCUGGGAGUAUGGAGCAAAAUCCAUGCUUGCAAGAUGAGGAUUAUGAUAAGUUGCAAGUUAAAGAAAAAUGCAGUAGUUUAGAGAUAUGUGUGGACCUGAAGAGAGCAUUGACACAGAAAGAAGAAUUCAUACAAAGGCUUCAGUUUGAGAAUAAUACCUUAAGUUGUGAAGCAAAAGAGCAAAACUUGGAAGUAAAACAACUUCGUCUAGAAAUUAUGAAGAACAGGGCUGAAAACAAUUCUCUUGGGGCUGAAGUGAAAGAAAAGACCCUGGAAUUGAAAUGGCUACUUUAUGUUAUGGCAAAAUAUAGGAGUGAAAAUGAGAGGCUAAGCACUGAAACUAAAGAACAAAACCUUGAAUUAAAAAGGCUGUAUCAAGAAAUGGUGAAGCAUAAAAUUGAAAAUGAGAGACUUGGUGUUGAGGUAAAAUGGCUCCACAAAGAAGUAACUAAGUACAGAACUGAGAAUGAGUCACUCAGGGUUGACACCAAACACCAGAUGCUUGAAAUAAAACGACUUCAGCAAGAAAUAGCAAAAAAAACUUUGGAUAAAAAAGAACUAGAGAGAGAACUUCAGAGGGCCAAGGAUAUGGCAGAAGGUUUCAAGAAGGAUGUUCAUAAUUUAAUGAAGAAUUUCCCAAAAUUGGAUCAAGUGAAAGAAAAAAAUGAAGCAUUACAAAGAGAAAAAGAACCAAGCAUAGAAGGAUCUAAAUUUCCCUCACUGUCCCAGAUGCAUAAACAUCCAGAAUUUGUGCCUGUCUUUAAAAAGUACAACCUUGGUCAUAUAAUUGGUGAAGGUGGUAAUGGCCAAGUCAGAAUUGCCACGAGGAAGUUUGAUAAUGCAACGGUUGCAUUAAAAAUUAUUCCAUUAAUUCCAGGAUCUGAAUGGCUGGAUGUGCCAGGUGAAAAGGGAAAAGUUCCUUUAGAAGUAGGGCUACUGAAGCGGGUCUGUGCUGUACCUGCUGGUCCAAACAUUAUCCAGAUGUCUGAAUAUAUCCUUGGACGCAGAUACAUGUUCAUAUUCAUGGAGCUCCUAGAGUCCUACACGAGCCUUGAAGAUGUAAUAUACAAAAAAACUGGACCUUUGAGUGAAGAAAAAGCAAAACAUGCUUUCCGCCAAAUUGUGCAGGCAGUUUUGCACUGCCACUCACGUGGGGUGUUUCACAAUGAUAUCAAGCCCAAUAACAUCAUGUAUCAGACAACCACUGGCCAAAUUAAACUAAUCGACUUUGGUUAUGGUGAUUUACUAAAGGAGAAAUACUAUCCGCAUGCACCUGGCACACCUGCAUACUGGCCUCCAGAGUGGUAUUUAUUCAGGAAGUACAAAGCAGAACCUGUUACUGUAUGGACUCUUGGUAUCACCCUUUUUGAGCUUUUGUGUGGAAACAGGCCAUUCAAAGAAAAAAUGGAAAUUCUAGAGUGCAAAAUCUCAUAUACCAAUGAGAUCUCGGGAGAAUGUAAAGAUUUGAUUGAGAAAUGCCUAUGUUCUCAUCCUAUUGAUCGCCUCACCCUCAAAGACAUCUCAAUCCAUUCAUGGCUGCGCUGAAACACAAGAG